ACAGCGGAUCGACUAUAACGCUGAAAGCAAACAGGUGAAUUAAACAUUCUGCCAUAGACAACCGUGGCGUUCGGACGCGCGGCUACCCGAGAUCGCAACAAACAAACAACGGGAAGCACAAGAGAAAAAAAAACAAAACCAAAUCUAUAUACACAUACGCACAGACCAUCUCAGCGGUCACAGCCAGGGAACCUGGGACUGACGCUAGGUGUGCUUAUCAGCAGGCCCUUGCCCAACAGGCAAACAGUACACCUGUGCCGCUCAACACGGACGGAUGCUGGGAGUGGCGCCGUAGCCCGGUGGCGUGAAUUUUGCAGUUCAAAUUGACAGUUGGUGCCGUGCGCAAGAAACACAUUGCCGGACAGUGAGCGUGGUGUUGCUUUCGUUCGUGCCGCGUUGGAACAGUGUUUCGCGUUCGGGAUUUUAUAUUCUUUACUGUACGUGCAAGUGCUAGCUGCCAGCGAACCUAGUAUCCUUAGUAGCAGUGCAGUAUCUUGCUCUCGCCGUGGAAGUUACGCAAAGAUUGUUGCGACUGUGAACUAACUGGUGGUUUAAGAUUUUCGAAUUUCGAAAACAAAACAAGCAAGUGAUAGUGACCCGUGCUAUCGUUACGCACGGUGACAGUUGUCUGGUGGUUUACAGCGGUACGCGCGCAACCAGUGAAAUAAUAACAAGCGGCACCACAGACAAAGAUUGAGCAUGCGGCUGACGAGAUUAUUUUACUCCACGUUACUGAUAGGAAUACUGCAGAUCAAUCAUCCUUUUAUGUCAUUUGCUUACUGUGAAAAAUCUUCUCGGCUAAAGUGCAGGAAGGCGUUGCAGCUGACGGUGGCCGAGGAUCAGGUCGAGGUAGUGAAAUCGGUCAGCCCGGGCGAUGAGGCAGCAAAGCGCGACAACGAUUCGGACCAGGUGGCGCUCGAGUCGGUCGAUCAGGAUCUGCAAGGUUCUGCACCGGUCCAGUCCGCCUACCCGCAGCACUUACCGUCGCCGCUGGGCCACGGACCGGGCGCUUUGGGAGGCCCAGGCUUGGCGAAACAUGGCCCGGGGCCACAGCACGGCCCACUGCCCCAUCACGGACCGCCAAUACCGCACGGCCCCAGUCGAGCAUCGCUAGGUCUUGGGCAGCCGUUUGGACCGCCGCCGCCGCCGCCACCGCAAGCGCUGCCCGUGGCGCACGCGUACCAUGGGCCACCGCCACCGCCGCCGCCACCCGGCAUGCUCAAGGCGCAGGCGAGCGAGCUCAGCCCGGAGAAGCUGUACGGGCCGCCCCUCGCCGGCAACGAGCUGUGGUCCUCGCCCCUCCAGGACAUGCCCAAGAUCGUGUCGCUCGACGUGAAGUGCGAGAAGCAGGGCAUGAAGGUGUUCGUCCAGUUCGACAAACCGUUCUUCGGCAUCGUCUUCUCCAAGGGCCACUACAGCAACGUCAACUGUGUGCAUCUGCCGGCCGGGCUCGGCAAAACAUCCGCCUCGUUCGACAUCGGCAUCCACGAGUGUGGCACCGCCGGCAACACGGACAACGUGCUGUACAACGGCUACUCCGGCACGGACACGAACGCGGGCUCGUACUUCGAGAACAUCAUCGUGCUGCAGUACGACCCGCAGGUGCAGGAGGUGUGGGACCAGGCCCGGAAGCUGCGCUGCACCUGGCACGACCAGUACGAGAAGUCGGUAACGUUCCGGCCGUUCCCGGUCGACAUGCUCGACGUGAUACGGGCGGACUUUGCCGGCGACAACGUCGGCUGCUGGAUGCAGAUCCAGGUCGGCAAGGGCCCGUGGGCGUCCGAGGUGUCCGGGCUGGUCAAGAUCGGCCAGACGAUGACGAUGGUGCUGGCGAUCAAGGACGACGACAGCAAGUUCGACAUGCUGGUGCGCAACUGCAUGGCGCACGACGGCAAGCGGGCGCCGAUCCAGCUGGUGGACCAGCGCGGCUGCGUCACCCGCCCGAAGCUGAUGUCGCGCUUCACCAAGAUCAAGAACUUUGGCGCGAGCGCCUCGGUCCUCUCGUACGCCCACUUCCAGGCGUUCAAGUUCCCCGACUCGAUGGAGGUGCACUUCCAGUGCACGAUCCAGAUCUGCCGCUACCAGUGCCCGGACCAGUGCACCGAUCCGGGCGUGCUCGACGUGCACCACCUGUCCGGCGGGCCCGAACACCAGCAGUACGGGCCGCCGCCGCCGCCGCCACCGUCCCCGCCCCAGUCGCUCGAUGCGCACGUGUUCACCUCGAACCGGAAGCGGGACGACCGGCGGAUUCGGCGCACGCGCGCCACCGACCCGGAGCAGAAGGAGGACGUCGGGCUGAACCGCGUCAUCCGGGUGGUGUCGCCCGGCGACCUGACCUUCCCGAUCGGGCCGAGCUCGGCCAACGAGACGGAUGGUGCCACCGCCGCCGCCACGAUGGUGUUUUCGGCCCGCGAGGAGGGCCUGAUCUGCAUGACCACGCCCGGCUUCACCGUCACGAUCGUCGUGCUGCUGUCGAUACUGCUCGCGUCCUGCGUCACGUCCGCGUUCCUCUGCAUACGCCUCAAGCCGUUCUCGCUGUCGCGGGCCAAGGAGCGGUCGGUCGCGUUCACCAACCCGCACCUGACGCCGGCGGGGACCGUGCUGACUAGCGGGGCCAGCUCGAUCGUCGGCACGCUCAAGUCGACCAAGUCGGGCGCCGCCGCCACCGCCAGCAGCAACAAAGCGCGCAUGUUCUACACCUGAGCACGGGCUGGGCGGUGCAGGUUCGAACCUUAACCUUUUCCUUGCAGCAACAGACACACACACACACCCAGAAACACAUCAAUCCUCUCCUCCCUCCCAUUGUAUCGAGCUAGCUCCCCAAAACAGUGCCCCGAAAGUGGACGAAACCCGUGGGCGCUUCCUGUUUCGGGGGAAACGCAUCCGGGCGUAGUUCCUUCCCUCCAACAGUCUGCAAAACCCGCACCCGGACCAAACAAUAUACCUCACUACAGAGCAAACUUUUGGACGAACAACAAACACACACACACAUAUACAAUUUAGAUCCUGACUCGUCCUGCUUUGAUUGCCGAUCUUUCACGAGCAGCAAGAGCUACAAGUAGAGCAGCGAAACAAAUCGAGCACAUUUUUUAAUACGAGGGCAGUAUUUAGUUGAUACGUUUCUAGGAGCAUAGCAUUAGGGCAUCAGUUUUAUGUAAUCACACGCACACACACACGCACGCACGCACGCAUAGAGAGGCACACUUAGAGCCGCACAGGGGUACUGGUGUCGCCUGGGUGUUAGUAAUGGUGCUCGCGGCAGUGGUGAUGGGGAUACUAAAAUAUGGAUUUUUCUUUUGGAGCAAAACACAUCGGUCAAGGACAUUUUAUGCCCCAACAUGGUGCUAAGGGGGGGGGGGGACAGUGGGAUACUUGCCAAUAGGAAAGGAAGAAAAAAAAGAAGUAAAAAAAAAACAAACAAAAAACAAAAGCACGGUUUUAGCCGGUCCACCCGGGGCAGGGGUUUGCUGUUUAAUCUAAUUAAUUUAUUGCACGUUUAUUUAUUUAUUGAACAAAUAUUUAUUUAUUUUUACACUUAAUCGAAUGCUGCCUCUGCGCGACUGCCUACGGCGGAAGGGAAGCAGCAUGGCAGCACAUUAUUUAUUUAUUUAUUGAAACACUGACGUAACGAGCGGAGGCACCUCCGCUCUGCCUACCUCUACUACCUUACGCUACUUCCAACGCGGCCCGCUCUAUCGCGCGCUUUCCGUGGCGGUGCAGGUGACAUUUUAGAAAUGUCACUGGGCCGCCAUUUUUUGUUUUGUUUCACUACAACCACCUCCUGUGUCUGUUCUAAGAGAGAAGGGGUGUGUACCACUAACACAUGUACGAGGUAGUCAACGCCAUAGAUUCGUCACAACAUCACACUAGCAGAAGCAAUACAAAUAAAUAAAAGUAAAAAAAAAACACAUACUCUUAACAACAUGCAAAUUCGCUCAGACACUGUCAGACUGAUCGUUAGUCGAUCCGGGGCUAAUACUAAUAUUGCGAUACAGCACAGGCAGAACGCACACCCUUAUUACAUCCUUCCGCUAACGUGCAAGGUGACGUGAGCAUAAAACAACAACAACAACAAAAACCAACAGACUUUUAAUCUUUAGUAUCCUUAUACACUCUUAUUCUACUCUGCACUGAGACAAUCAUAUUACAUUUACACGCUGAUAUAUAUAGAGAGAGAAAAUGAGGGAAGGAAUCGCCAUAGGCGUUCUUCGUAGCACUUAACGUUUUAUCUUUACACGAUCCCGUGUCAGCAGCGCCAUCUUGACUUGAUAGCGUCUGGUACGGGAUACUUCAUGCAUAAGUAAUACACAGCCGAGCCGAGCAGUAAGCCGGGAUAGUAAGCUAAUGAGAUUAGUAAAGCGCACGCACCGCUGCCACACCCGACGCCCGCGAUUGUUUGCCAACGGUGUGGUGGCUGCAGUGUUUCAGUAGCUUAGUAGUUUUAGUAGCGCCGGGAGGGGGAAAGGGGGGCGGGAGAGGGCAAGUUUUGCUGUUGUAAAAUGUAUCAUAUUACAGGCACCGGUGGAACAGGCACGGGCCCGUGCGCCUAUUUGUGUGUGUGUGUGUGUAUGUCGGAGUGCGUGUGUGUGGGUGCGUGUGUGCGCGUGGGAAAAGAAGCGGAGGUUUGAGAUCCGUUUUGCCGCGGGGAGGGGUGAAGCAGGCGCCACACAGUUUGGUCUUUUUUGCCCACCCCGUUUCCUGCUUUCCGUUGCGGGAAGAAGGGCUCCGUUACACACGCUCGGUGUAAUGGCCGGUGUAAGGGCGCGCGGUAAAGCUGUAACGCGUUCACGCGCUACGCGUUUAAUUUUAACUCCGUAUCACAUUAGUAUCAGUAUGAAGCAAAAUAAAGAUAUUCAUAACGGCAAUAAAAAAGAAUUACAAAAAAAAUGGA